AUGGCACAAGCUGCGGUAGCUAGAUUGCAACAGCAUCAUCAACAACAGCGCGAAGAAACGGUGAUCAGAGAUGCCAGAAUCAGAUUGGAUUUGAAGAAAACCUUCAUGGACGAUGAGCUUUUUUUCCCAGAGAUCAAACUUUCACAAGGUUCGAAUUUGAACAUGACAGGAAUCAGAGACUCCGACAAGAACGGUGGGAAUCUGCAGGCGAUGCUCAGAUUGAAUUUGCCCUUGGGAUCCAAAAGCGAAAAUGGUAAAAUUUCGUCAGAAACAGCAGGACGUUUCGUUGGCCAGCAGUACUACCAGAACCAGCUUUUGGCAGCAGUACAGCAGCAGCAGCAACAACAGCAACAACAGCAACAGCAACAGCAGCAGCAACAGCAAGGGCAACCACAGCAUACUCAUCAUCCUCAAAGACAACAGAGACAGCAUUAUCACCAAAACCCGUAUUUGAACAACUCUGGAUUCCAGUUUUAUCCUUCGCAACACGACAUGGGUAAUGCGAAAGGACACAGAGAUUGGUAA